GUUUUGAGAAAUGAGCCGAUACCUAAGAUGGCAGUAGAAAACGGCAGGCUAUGAGUCCAGUUGAACUAUUCGACACGUUAGCGAUCAAGAUCUUUGUGUGUAAAGAUUGGUACGAAUCAACAUGCCUUGAGAUGGGCAUGGUAUGAUGCCAGAGGACUCGGCCUAUUCUGUUCAGUUGCAGGUACCAGCACUGAACAGGAUACUACUUGAUGGACUCGAGUGGUCAUUUUUAAGAACGAAUAUAUUACGAUUAUGAGCAAGGAAGUACUGGUAGCAACUUGAUGUGCUUUUGCAAAGACAAUUUAGAUGUUUGAUAUCUUUUGGUGAGUGGAUCCAACGACUGAUCUUAUAUAGAAGAGCAUAAAGCUAUUUCAUGUUAUGACUUCAUAACAUACUAUACUAACGACUACACAGUGUGAGACUUCUAUAUUCAAGUUAACCUGAGGAAGAAACAUGUCUGGAGGAAUAUCUUCUGUAUAAUUACCCAAGUAAGGAUAGCGUCAGACUGCAACUCGCGGGGCAAGGGCCCUAGUUCAUCCGAUUUAACUAUUUACUGUAUCGUAGAGUCGCUAGGAUACGAUUGCGAUUAGAGUGGAGUGCGUCUUCAACUUUUAAUCUUUCUGGCCGCAUGAGUACUAAUGGCGAAAUUAGGGUAAGUGGGACCUUGCCUAAACUUGUAAACAUUGAAAGUCUAUGCACAUGGCGCAUAGCGGUACACUAGAAGAUCAAUAGCCCUAGUUUCUUUAGCUCUGGAGCUGCAUACAUUAGUAGCUCGAGUAAACACAUCAUGGUGUUCUGUUUUUGCUUCCUUUCUUCAACAUCUCUGCCCUAAUUCACUUGCAUACACUUGUGGAAAAUACAUACCGAGGAACGAUGCCACCUCAAUAUUCUUCUAACCACGAAGGUUAUGCGCUCGGAACUGUUACGUCACUAUUCCUUGCCCUCGGAAUCAUAGCAGUUAUUUUGAGGUGUUAUGUGAGAAUUGUAAUAGCUAAGAGCUUUGGACGAGAUGAUUACUUCAUUGUUUUCACACUGGUAAAACUCGUAUAUCGGCCUUAGUUUGGGAUACUAUACUGACAUAACAACAGAGUCUUCUCAUUGCUGGUGAUGUUUGCAUCUAUAACAUGCUUCAUCUUGGAGUGGGACGUCAUCUCGACUCUCUUCCUGAGCCAGAAACCUCAGUACUGGCGAUCUUGAAGUGGAAUACUGUUUACCAAGUAAUCAACGUUGUGGGCGCUUUUUUUACUAAACUUUCGAUUGCACUUUUUAUCCUUCGCCUCAAAAACACGAAGAGACUGAAACUCGCAGUCUGGCUUAUUCUUACUCCUCUCGGUCUAUCGACUCUAGUCCUCUGCUUUAUUAUACUUCUGCAAUGCAUCCCCCUUGCGGGACUUUGGACACCUACUUUGCAAAGUCGCUGCAUCUCCGCUGAAAUUCCUUUACAGGCAAGCUAUGUUCAAAGUGGCUUUGCAAUAAUUACAGACAUUGUCUUAACAGGCAGUCCAAUCGCGAUUUUGUGGAAUGUACGUAUGACGAGAAGAAAGAAGCUUGCCAUCUGUGGACUCAUGAGCCUUGGUUUAAUUGCUACCAUUGCCAACGCGCUGAGAAAUGCUUUCAUUCCUGAUCUAGUAGCAUCGGAUUUAAGCUGUGAGUCGCUAUUCCCUCCCAAAUUAGAGAAAAAAAUUGCAAUUUUGAGUUUAUUGCUAAUUCCAAUCCUUAGAUACCAUGGUUCCCAUUGUCUUGGUGGCCGACCUCGAGUUCUCAAUUGGUGUGAUAGCAGCUUGCAUUCCCACGAUUAUGCCUCUUUUCACCGGCGACAAAGCCAAAAAGGCAAAAACAUACGAAAAGAUGUAUGGUGCGAAAGCGCGGACAGUUGGGAGUUAUGGUGGAAAAUUCAGAAAGGCUGCGAAAGUAACUGAUAUCGAGUUAACAUAUCCGUUCAGUGCUACAGCCAAAGAUACAACAAUUACCCAGAAAGAGAUCCAAGCCAGCGAUGCUGAGUUGCCCCUAAAAUCGACAGGCGUUGAGGAAAACCCGGGCUUGCAGAUACCAGUUUCGACAACCUGGAAAGUAGAGACCCAGAGCAUGGUCUAGUGUGAAGUUAGGCUUUGGCAUUUCUGACUCGGUGUUGCAAGAAAUGCUUGGGGGUGCAUUAAUGCCUCCCAGAUACUUGAGUACUAGUGUUAUGGGCAGGGGAUAAACACUGGUCAAGAAUGUGUAUAGGAGAUAU